CGUGCAUCUCUACUCACACUCUCUCAGACCACCAGGGGCUGUCACACAGGACUACGUCGUGCUGCAGCUCUCACGUAAAACUACAAUUAUGUGGCAUUAGUAAAUCGUGUAAAAACAAGUCGAGGCUUCUCUCCGCACGGACUUUCCACCCGGAGUUUGGUCGAACUUUUCUGGAAAUGCAUUCUUAGCUUUUUGGCUUGUUAGCUUCCGGGUUAGCUUCAGGUUCGGACGGUCCUGGUGGAUGUAGGCAAAGAAUUGGCUCUCUUUGACCUAAGAUUCACUCUAAAAGCGACCCCAAAGCAUCUACUCCUGCAGGUUUAAUCCUAACUGGACCCCAAAAUGCAGUCGUUUAACCUUUAUGACAGCCCUGUGUCUGUCAACAACGCUCCGAGGUGUAGGCCCGAAGGGAUCCCCGGGCUUUCCUCGCUGUCGCUGCCCGACUUCGGCGCUAAAGACGCUCACUGCAGGACGCUCUUCUCCCCGGGACCUGCCACCGUCCUGUCCCCUGUCACCAAUCUGGCCCUGGAUAUGAACAACCUAGCUGGACUCGGAAGCCAAUCUGAUACCCCCAAAAGGAAAAAGCACCCACCACUUGAAAAGAUCCCCUCUUUUGCAUCUGAUACCUCUUCUGACGCUGGUCUCGGCAUGGAUCCCCCUAGUCCAGUGGAUGUAGCUGAAAUUGAGGACUCCUUUGAACGAGCCAUAAAGCAGUCACGGAAGAUCGUCAAUGACAAGAUGCCCAUCCGCAGAAACAACUCAUUACCGGUUCAGCUGCUGAGCUACAGCCCAUGUGCGAAGGGACAAGAACCAGAUUCACACCGUUAUGGAAUAUUUGGCCAACAACCCUCCCAGAUCCCCCUUUCAUUGCAACACAGCAACAAGGAAAAUGUGCCUGAGGGCUUUGAGUUCAAAAAACCCACCCGACCUGUGUCGCGGUGCCGUGUGCGCUCCUUCAACGACGGAAAAGGCAAGGACACACUUUCUCGGCGACCAAACUCUGCUCCAGCCCUCAUGUUUACCUCACCACCUCGCGUUGAACAGCCCGACUUUGACUCCAGCCCCAUGUUCCUCCGUCGCUCCUCCCUCACCUGCUCCCUUGACGAUGAAGACGAUGGCUUCCUGGAUAUCAUGGACGACAACAUGGAGAAUGACUCCGGGAUGCCUAUGGGAAUGGCUAGCCUUCUCACUGCACCACUGGUCGGGGAGAAUACUGCAGAGGAUUCACCCAUAAUCCGGUGUCGGCCCAGAAGUCUCUUCCGCUCACCCUCCAUGCCCAGCCCAGUGUCCCGCCCCUCAGUGAAGCGCCCCGAUUGCUCCGGUGACGAGAACACACCUGUGCGGGUGAAAAGGAGGCGAAGUCUGGCAGGAACACAGGUCACCACUAUGGAGCAGGACCCCGAAUCCCCACGGCAGAGCUGUCUGUUACAGCGAUCCAAAUCAUUUUGUCAAACUGAAAUUGAGAAGCUGUUGGACGGUGAUGAAGGCUCUGGGGACCUCAUCGGAGACUUCACUAAGCCAUUCGUGCUUCCUACAGUCGGUGGAAAACAUCAAGACCUCAAGUAUAUUACCCCAGACAUGAUGGUAGCAGCGCUCAACGGCCAGUUUAAUCAUUUAGUGGAGCGGCUCAUUAUAAUCGACUGCCGUUAUCCAUAUGAGUUUGAGGGAGGACACAUCAAGGGCGCUCUGAACCUGCACCAGGAGGACCAGGUGGAGGACUUUCUGUUAAAGAGGCCCAUCGUCCCGAGCGGCGAGGAGAAGCGCGUGGUCAUCGUGUUUCACUGCGAGUUCUCGUCGGAGCGGGGUCCCAGGAUGUGCCGCUUCGUCCGCGAGCGCGACAGAGCAAUGAACGAGUAUCCCAACCUCCACUACCCAGAGCUCUACAUCCUCAAGGGCGGCUACAAGGACUUCUUCCCUGUUUUCCAGUCUCAGUGCGAGCCCCAGUCGUACCGUCCUAUGCACCACGAGGACUUCAAGGAGGACCUGCGGAAGUUCAGGAUGAAGAGCCGCACCUGGGCUGGUGAACGCAGCAAACGGGACAUGUACAGCCGCCUCAAGAAAUUGUGAGCCCCCCUUGAUCCUUGACCCCUGACCCCAUCCUACUAUACUGCCAUCAGAAACUGCCCCAACCUCCAGAACCUCUUCUUCAAAUCCCGCAAAACUUGGACAGAAACACCAGCAAGACCUACGCACAAUUUCCACGUCUGUAGCAAAAAGUUAGUAAUUUAUGCAAAAUUUUAAAAUUCAAGGCGUGUAAGUGUUGGGUAAAUGGUGAUUUUGUUUUAUAACCACUUGGACCUGUACAGCCAAUUAAAAUUUUUGUUCUUUUUUUUUUUUUUUUGGGGUGAGCAGCACAAAUCACUAUCCCUUUUGCAUCAGGAUAAACCCACUGCCAUGGCAACAUUGUCUCCUCACGGAAGUUUUGUUUUUGUUAUUUCCCACUUUUAUUUAAGCACUUAAUUUAAACUUGCCUUCAAAUGGUGAGGUGCUUUUUGAUGUUUUUUUUACAUAUUUUAAAUGAGGUCCCUGGCUUCAUUUUAAAAUGUCCCAUAAUGUAACUUUGAAAGUUUUAUUCCCUAAUUGUGAAAAGCACAGGAUGUGACAGCUGCAAUAUUGAAGAAAUUGUAGUUUUUAUGUUGAGAAAAGACCAAAGCAAAACAAACUACCUGUUAACUUUGCAGUGAGAUUUUUUCCAAUGCUGCAGGUCAGCGCGUGUGUGAAAAUGACUUUGUUCUGCUUUGUGAAUGGAUACAGAUGUCUUCCUGUUGUAAAAGUCUGAUGUCAAAUCUAAAAUUAAGGCUGGUUUAAAUUGACCUGUGGUACAGGCUCUGACGAGAGCUAUGGAAUAAAACAAAUAUGCAUUUAAA